AUGCCUCAACUUGAUAAAUUAACUUACUUCUCACAAUUUUUCUGGUUAUGUCUUCUCCUCUUUACUUUUUAUAUUCUCUUAUGUAAUAAUAAUAAUGGAAUACUUGGAAUUAGUAGAAUUCUCAAACUACGGAACCAACUACUUUCGCGCCGGGGGGGUGAGAUCCAGAGCAAGGACCCUAAGAAUCUGGAAGAUAUCUCGAGAAAAGGUUUUAGCACCGGUCUCUCAUAUAUGUACUCCAGUUUAUCCGAAGUAUCCCAAUGGUGUAAGACCGUCGACUAUUUGGGAAAAAGGAGGAAAAUCACUCUGAUCUCUGAUUUCGGAGAAAUAAGUGGCUCACGAGGAAUGGAGAGACAGAUUCUCUAUUUGAUCUCGAAGUCCUCAUAUAACACUUCUUCCAGUCGGAUCACUUGUUGGAAAAACAUAAUGCUCACACAUGUUCCACAUGGGCAAGGAAGCAUAGUAUUAUGAUGAAAAUGAAUGGAAUACUCGGCAGAAUAGGAAUAUUCCUAUUAAUGAUUGUGACAGCUUUUAUAGGAUACGUACCACCUUGGGGUCAGAUGAGCUUUUGGGGAGCAACAGUAAUUACAAGCUUAGCUAGCGCCAUACCAGUAGUAGGAGAUACCAUAGUGACUUGGCUUUGGGGUGGUUUCUCCGUGGACAAUGCCACCUUAAAUCGUUUUUUUAGUCUCCAUCAUUUACUCGCCCUUGUUCUUCCUUUUGAUUUAAACGUUCUCCCCCCGGGAGCUGCAGAAUUCUGGCAGGGGCAGCCCCCUUUUCCAGAUCAUGAAAAUGUGGUGGAGAGUGAUGAUUCAUCAACUGAUUCAUCAGGGAGUUCAUCUGAUGAUUCAUCAACUGAUUCAUCGGAUCUCGACACGGAUUAUGAUGAGCUAACUGAUGAUUCAUCAACU